GACGUCCCGGUUUUCCGGGACAUGUCCCGGUUUUAGGCCAUUUGUCCCGGUGUCCCGGUCCAACCCUAAAAUGUCCCGGUUUUUAAAUCUAAUCGAUUGUAAGGAGCCAUGAAAUCUACCAACUAUUUGGUUUGCUUAUAAUGCGCCCCUCCAACUAGUCUGAAUAAAAGUACCAACUACCGACUUCAAUUGUAAAACUCUAGCAUCGCUAGAUAGUUGCACAUUGCAUAGUAUACAUAUAUCGAUUAUCGAUGUAAAGUGUUCUUCCUAAUUAGCUACAGCUGUUUUUGUUUUGCGCUAAGUAUUUGGUUGUUCGAGUUGAGUGUUUCUGAUUUCAUUAAAAUGCCAAAAAGGAAAUGUAAAUUCCUUCUCUCAUACACAGAGGAAUGGUCUUUUAUGAAAUGUGGGAGAAGUGAACAUGAAUCGUUGUGCACAGUUUGCGAUUGUUUUAUUGCCAUUGGUCGCGGUGGUCGCUCAGAUAUUCUUGAUCAUAUCGGCAGUUCCAAGCACAAAUCAAGGUUAUGCGAGGCGUCUACUUCAAAAGAAAUUUCUUCUUUUUUUGUAAAACCAAAUACAGCAAAGUGGCAGCUGAUCUCCGCCGCUGAGCUAACAAAUGCAUUUAAGAUUAUUAAUCACCAUCAGUCCUUCAGCUCAAUAGAUUGCGUUACAAAACUAAAUGCGCUCAUGUAUCCUGAUUCGGAGAUAGCAGCAAAGCAAUCAGUUUGCAGGACCAAAGCAACAGCUUUAAUCAAAAAUGUUUUGGCUCCGCAUUUAGUAGCAAACUUUGUAGAUAUUUUAAUAAAAAAUGUGCCUUUUUAUGGAAUUUCAACGGACGCCAACAACCACAAAGCCGAAAAAAUGUUUCCAUUGCUUGUUCACUUUUUCACGGAAAAAGAAGGUUUACAAGUAAAAUUAUUACAACUCACAAAUUUACCUAAUGAAACUGCAGAUUCUGUAACGUCAUUUUGUGUAGACACAUUAAGUCAUCACAAAAUACCAUUACAAAACCUUGUAGCUUUUGGUGCUGAUAAUACCAAUACCAACUUUGGUGGAAGAAAAAGACAGGGACUAAAUAAUAUAUUUUGUAAAUUAAAAGAAGUUUCAGGGAAAAGCAUUGAGGGCGUAGGUUGCCCUGCUCAUAUACUUCACAAUACAAUUUCUAGUGCAGUGGAUGUAAUGUCAAUAGAUGUAGAGUCUGUUUUAUUUAAGAUAUAUAAAUACUUUUCGAUAUUCACUGUGCGAACGGAGCGGCUUAAAGAUUUUUGUGAUAAUGCGGACACAAUGUACAGAUCAAUUCUUUCUUAUACUGCACUGUCUACAACAGUAAUGCCGUCAGGUCCGCCACCUACUGCCUACAUCACGGAUGUGUCCGGCGGUUCGCCAGCCAUAAAGCGCUAUCCGCCGUCCAGUAUACCGGCACCAACGGCAGUACCCGCUGUACCGCCAAUAACUUGUUCGCCACCAGCUACGGAUGCUUAUAAGCCAAUUACUUCCAGUACCCUGCCGCCAUUGUCUUAUGGGCCUACAGCAUCGAGCGCUAUUCCUUACAGUGCGCAUAUUCCAUCGCAAGUCGUUGCCUCGCUAUUUCCCGCAUACGCGCCAACGAUCGCCACAGACAACUACUCUGUAUCUGGUAACAGAUUACCGAGCGGCAACAACAACUGGCAGGAGUUGUAG